AGCUCGCAUUCUGCGGAGUCUGCCAUUUGUGAGCUUUAGGUGCUCCUGUACAGCAGAGGAAACUAUUGCAUUUAAAUCUAAGGGAGAGCUCUCUGCUUCUGAGGUGGCUUGGUGCACAUCACUUGGAUUCCAACUAAGCCUGGAAAAAUGAGUAACUGCAGUCUAAACAUAACAGCAGAAGUUCAGAUAUUUCAACUGGUCAUCUCCAUCCCCACCUUCAUCCUGGGACUUGUGGGUAAUGUGGCUGUCCUGGCGAUCCUGUGCUGCAGACGAGGAAAGACUUGGAGCUACAUGAUGGUCUACAUUGCAAACAUGGCCUUUGCAGACUGUUCUGCUCUCAUCUCCCUGCCUUUCAGGAUGUACUCAUAUCAGAACCCAUGGCCCUUUCCACAUGACUUCUGUUUACUUUUAGUCUCCACUUACUAUGUGAACAUGUAUGUGAGCAUCUUCACUGCUACUGCCAUAAGUGUGGUUCGAUAUGUAGCCAUAAAGUAUCCGUUUAAGGCAAAGGUAAUUAUGUCUCCACGGAAGGCACUAGCUGUGUGUGUAUUAAUAUGGGUGACCGUUUGCUCAUUUAGUGCCACCUUCCAUUUUGUGGAUGCUCCGAAGAACGACACUCAGCUUAAGUGUUUCCAGAAAAAUCGAUCCAAACCUUUGCCUCUUUCCUUCAUUCUAGCCUUAGAUGUUGUGGGCUUCCUUUUGCCAUUGAUUACCAUGGCCUUUUGCUCUCUUAAGGUCAUUCACACUUUAUCAAAACAAAACAAAGUGAGCUCACGAACAGAGAAGAUUCAAUGCUCUCGUAUCAUUGCUGCUAAUUUGAUUGUUUUUUUAAUAUGCUUUUCGCCCUUUCAUAUUGGGUUCCUGCUCAAGUUUCUUGUUGAGACACACUGGCCAGAAGACUGCAACUUGUUGGAGAGCAUACAUAACUUUGUUCAUGUUUCUUUCUGCAUUGCCAGUACAAACUGUUGCCUGGAUGCUUUCAGCUAUUACUUUGCGACCAGGGAGUCCUGGAGGAAGAUCUCAAAAUGCUGUAAUACAGAAGUGAAGAGUCCAUCGGUUGCACACACAUCAGAGCGCUUGAUGAAUUAACAGUGUGGCCACAAGAAAUUUCAAGGAUCAUGAAAGGCUGCAUUAC